AUGUCUGUCGGAGUGGCCAUCAUUGGAAGUGGCAUCUUCGCUCGCGAGGAGCAUCUGCCCGCAAUCCAAGCAGCAAAGGACUUCCAGCUGAAAGCCAUCUACUCCCGAUCCCUCAAGUCAGCCCAGGAUCUCGCGAAUGGGACUACCGGCGUUGAUCUCUACUCCGAGGACUCUGGCUCCGGAAAGGGAUACGCCGAUUUGCUUGCCCGCGAGGACAUCGCGGCGGUCGUCAUCGCCCUCCCCAUCCUGGUCCAGCCUGAUUUCAUCCGCAAGGCCCUGACCGCAGGGAAGCACGUCCUGUCCGAGAAACCGAUUGCCAAGGACAUCGCCACGGCGCGGGACCUGCUGCAGUGGUACCGAGCCACCAUCGACACCAGCAAGACCCUCUGGGCCGUCGCAGAGAACUUCCGGUACAUGACCAAGUUCCUUCGCGCGGCGGAGGAGGUGCAGAAGCUGGGGCGGGUGAAGAAUUUCCGGGUGAAUGCCCACAACCUGAUCUCGACGGACUCGAAGUAUUUUAAAACUGAAUGGCGCCAAACGCCGGGGUACCAGGGCGGAUUCAUCCUCGACGGUGGUGUCCAUAUGGUAGCAGCUCUACGACUGAUGCUCGGGUCGCGGGACCCCGUCGCUACGAUAUCCGCACAGUCCUGUCUCCAGCAACAGCAUCUCGCUCCGCUCGACACGGUGGACGCGGUGAUGAAGACCAGAUCGGGCGCUACGGGUGUGCUGUCCUUGUCGUACGGAUCGGAGUUUAAUGACUCUAUCUUUGAGUUUGACUGUGAGGGAGGCGUGGUCGCCUUGAACUUUGACCAGCUGACAGUCAAGGGGGAGAGCACUGAGCUCCCUUUUGACGGACGAGGUGUUAGCCGGGAGGUCGCCGUGUUUGCUGCGACGAUUGCCAGCGGUGGUUCGGUCGACAAGCGACAGAGUCCGGAAGAGGCGUUGGCUGAUUUGGAGAUUAUGGAGAAGAUGUUGACUAGUGGGCUAGCCGCCAAAGCCCUAAACCACCCGUUCUCGCUUAGCGAUCCACUAGCGUCCCCGCUGCACUCAGACUUGCUCGCUCGGGCGGCCAAACCUCAGCGCGAAUUUUUGAGAUUGAACUCGAAUCGUCACGACAACUCUCGAGCGCCAGCCAGCGAGACCCAACGAUACCGACAAGAUUGUACUGACUGGUUCAAGAUGGUCCUCGCAAAGAAGCACGUCCCCAUCGUCAAGAAGCGCACCAAGCGCUUCUUCCGCCACCAGUCCGACCGCUUCAAGUGCGUGCCGGAGUCAUGGCGCAAGCCCAAGGGUAUCGACAACCGCGUCCGCAGACGCUUCAAGGGCAACAUCCCCAUGCCUUCCAUCGGUUACGGCAGCAACAAGAAGACCAAGCACAUGAUGCCCUCCGGCCACAAGGCUUUCCUCGUCCACAACCCCAAGGACGUCGAGCUGCUGCUCAUGCACAACCGCACCUACGCCGCUGAGAUCGCCUCCGCCGUCUCCUCCCGCAAGCGCGUCGACAUCGUCGCCAAGGCCAAGGCGCUCGGCGUCAAGGUCACCAACCCCAAGGGCCGUGUCACCGUUGAGGCGUAA